AUGCACCCGACUUUCCCUCAGAUCGAAGGGGAACAGACCGACCAAUCGAUGAAACCUUGCGUGUCAUUGAAGCAAGGGAAGGACAACGACCCUCUCCUUAUUAACCUAGCUCCCGAGGUGGAUCUAGAUCAUCAGAGAUCUAGGCUAUUGAUACGGUCUACUGAGUACUACAAGAUAGACCAUGAAAGACUUCAACAAAUUGGAUCCACAAGUAAGAGAGAGAUCAUUCCAAUAUCAACAGAAAAGCAAAAGGAAAUAAAGUUUAUCACCAGAAUGCAGGAGAAAGACAGCAAGGAGAUAUUUAAUCAACAAAGUGAUGCUGGUAUAACAGUAUCUGCAGAUGGAACUUUUCAAAAGAGAGGAUCUGGUAGAUGUUACAACAGUUUAUCAGGUGCCGCGUCAUUAAUUGGGAAAAAAACUGGUAAAAUUGUUGGGUUUUCCAGCCGAUCAAAAAGGUGCAGAAUUUGCAUGCAUGCCAAGAAGCUGAACAAAACACCAAAAAGUCACAAAUGUAGGAAAAAUUGGAUGGGCUCAGCGAAAGCAAUGGAACCAGAUAUGAUUGUUGAAAUGUUGCAUCAUGCAAAUUCUGCCCAUGCACCUGUCUGCACGUUGAUUGGCGAUGACGACAGUACAGCCUUAAAGAGAGCUCGAGAGGAAGUCAGUUCAACCAUAGAAAAAGUUAGUGACAAGAACCAUAUAAAGAAAAAUCUUUCAAACCAGUUAUAUCAAUUGAAGUCCAGGUAUCCAAAAGAUUUGUCAGUCAAAACCAUCAAUGCCCUACUAAAAAGCUUUAACUACAUGAUUGCCCAAAAUACUGGAAAAGAGGAAGAAAUAAAAAGAAACUUGACAAGUGUUGUUUUGCACCAGUUUGGAGAACAUGGCACCUGUGGUAAUUGGUGUGAAUUGAAGGAAAAUCCCUCUGGAAAGCACAAAAAUCUACCCUGGGGAUUGGAUCUUCACAACAAUUCUUUAAAGAGAGACCUUCUGCAAGUUUUCUCAAAAUUGGAUCCUUCCAAGUUAUGCAAACUUGAUUCAAGUAAUCCAAAUGAGAGCUUCAAUAACAUUCUGAGAUCAAAAGCCCCCAAGGACAAACAUUAUUCCGAAAGCUCAAGUUUAUCACACAGGAUAUCUGCUGCUGUUUGUCAAAAAAAUGAAGGUUAUGGCUAUGUUGCAAAGAAAUUUUGUCUUUCUACCAAAGCUAUGUAUCCCUCAAUUACAUUGUAG